CAUUGUGCAAGUCGCGCCGUCAAGAAGAACGACGAGAGGGCUCGACCAUGGCGAGUCCGCGGAUGCAAUGGAUAUCCCAGCGCAUCCUGGAGUCCUUUGAGCCCGCCGUGACGCAAGGUGAAGUCACAGAGUUCUUGGGAUCUGCCCCCGUCAAGAAACUCCUCGAUGAACUGCUCGCAGGGAAGGAAGCCACCAAGCUCUUCAUUCACUUCCAAGUAGACCCUACGGACAAAGGGGCUGAAGCAACGCGGAUGCGCCUCUCAGCGUCCGCAGGCAACACAUUACCUAUCCGAUCCAAGUGUUGUUACUUUCUUCGCAGCAUCGCCGAUGGGAAGGCAGUCGACAUGACCAAGGGAAGCGAUAACACAUUGCUGUUUGGCGAACUGGCAUCGAAUGUCCUUCGAAACCUGGAAUCGACCUUGUCGCAACUGUUCACACCAUUGUUCAAAGCGCGAGACGACUGGGGCAAAGCCGACUCGGAUCUCAAGAUCGAGUUCAUGAAUGAAUCGGAAAAGUUCGCCAACGACUUGAAAGAAGCGCUGCACAGCAUGGAUAGUGGCCUCGAGUUGCGUCGCCCAGACCGCGAGUACGAAAACGCGGGGACGCGGGGCAGUGGGUUGAGUGAGUCUCCGAAUGUGAUCGCGCACUACGAAGAAGUGUUGAAGGACUGGUGUGACGUUAUCUCGACGUACCUCGAAACCAACACGACCGGCGACGGCAGAGCCAACGACGACGAGAUCGACGACGAUGGCCCGAUGGGCGAGCUCGAGUACUGGCGCCGUCGCAUGCAGCGACUCACGAGCAUUACGGAGCAGCUCAAGACGAACGAGUACAAGGAUGUGUUUCUCGUGCUUAGCCGAACAUCAAAGAACGUGAGCGACGACACAAAACAACGCAUCCAGACGCUGCUUCGGCGGUGGAAGCAGACGGACAUCAGCAUCACGGAAGCUGCGAACGAAGCCAAGGAUAACGUCAAGUACUUGUUUACGUUGGAGAAGUUUAUCGUUCCGCUGUAUUCUGGCACACCAAGCACCAUCAUCGACACGCUGCCAGCCUUGAUGAACUCGAUCAAGAUGAUUCACUCCAUCGCGCGAUACUACAACACGUCCGAGCGCAUGGCGAGCCUCCUCACCAAGAUUACGAACCAAAUGAUCACCAAUUGCAAGAAUUGCAUCACGGGCGGCGAGACGUUCGAAGUGAUGUGGACAAAGGAACCGGAGGAACUUGUGCGCAACUUGGACUCAUGCCUGAAGCUGAACGAAGCGUAUCAACAGCAAUACCGCGCGACCAAGGACAAACUGUUCUCGAUGCCCAAAGGCAAGCAAUUUGAGUUCAACGAGAUGCAGAUCUUCGGCAAGUUCGACCUGUUUUGCCGUCGCAUGAUCAAGCUCAUCGACAUGUUCACGACAAUCCACCAGUUCUCGUCGCUGGGCCAGCACAAGUUGGAAGGGAUGGAAGAGCUCAUCACAAAGUUUAACAGCGUCAUUCGCGAGUUCCGGCUUCGAAACCACGACCUCCUCGACUACCGAAACAACCGGUUCGACCGCGACUAUGUCGAAUUCAACGUGCGCAUCUCGGACUUGGAGGGGCUCCUCCAAAAGUUCAUCAACGACUCGUUCGAGAAUAUCACGUCCAUUGAGCACUCGCUCAACCUCCUGCGCAAGUUCCAGACCAUCCUCCAGCGCGAGAACCUCAAGUCCGACCUCGACUCGAAAUUCAACGUGAUCUUUCAGAAUUACGGCCUCGAGCUCGAGCACGUUCUCCAGCAGUACGAGCGCCACAAACACAACCCGCCAUACCCGCGUAACCUGCCGCCCGUUGCAGGCAAUAUCACAUGGAGCCGCCACUUGCUCAAGAGAAUUGAAGAGCCCAUGAAGAAGUUCGAGUCGAACCAGAACGUCCUCGCGAGCAAGGACGCGAAGCGGAUCAUUCGCAUGUAUAACAAAGUUGCGCGGACGCUCGUCGCGUUCGAGUAUAUCUGGUACCAGGCAUGGGUCCAGUACAUCGACACAGCCAAGGCCGGGCUCCAGGCGACUCUCAUCAUUCGGCAUCCCGAAGACAACGUGUUGUACGUGAAUUUCGACCCAGAGAUCCUUCAGCUGCUUCGAGAAGCCAAGUGCUUGGAUCGCAUGGGGAUCGAGAUCCCCGAGUCGGCCAAGAUCGUGCUGCUUCAAGAGGAAAAGUUCAAGAAUUACUACAACGAGCUCCAGUUCGCGUUGUCCGAGUACGAUCGCAUUGUGACCAAGGUCAUCCCGGUCACAGCCAUGUUACUGCGGCCGCACUUCAACGACAUGGAAUUCAAGUUGCGCCCGGGGAUGAUCACGCUGACGUGGACCAGCAUGAACAUCGAAGCGUACCGCAACCACAUCCACACGGGCCUUCAGCGGCUCGAGGAGCUCGUGACCAACAUCAACGACAUCAUCGAGAACCGUGUGGAGAAGAACCUGCGCAUCGUGAGCAAGACGAUGCUGGUGGACCUCCCGAUAGACCAGUCGUUCUCGCUGGAUGAGUUUGUCUCGAUGCAAAGCAACAAUAUUCGUCGUGCCGGCGCGCUGCUCCAGGGCAAGAACAUCGAGAUCGAAAACGCCGUCGAGGACUUGCUCAAGAUCAUCACGCAAUAUCCACUCGACUCGCACAUUGAGACCGUCUCGGCGGAGGAAGCGAUGAAGCUCAAGAAGCACUACAAUCACUUCAUGUACCAAGCGCUGCUGCACUGCACCAAGAACUCGCUCAAUUCGAUCAAGAAGCGCGUGGCGUCGCGCGCCGGCCAACAUUCUCUCACGUUGGAGCGACCCUUCUUCGAAGUCGACGUCCAGCUGAGUAUCCCGCGCGUUCAACUCAAUCCAUCCCUCGAUGAAAUCCAGCUCGCCAUCAACCGCGCGGCACAGACAGUGCUUGCGGCGGCCAAGGAGCUCUACGAUUGGGGUCAAAAUGAUGUGGUGAAGGAAGACCGGACGACGUUCUUUGAGCGCAUCACAAAGGACAUCGAGAUCGUCCGCGUCGUCCUUCUUCUCACAGGCAGCGUCCAAGGGCUACGCAACACCGUCACCGAGUACCUCGAGUCGUUCAAGCAGUACGAGUGGCUAUGGAUGGAGAACAAGGACAUGUCGUACGAGAACUUUUUGAAAAAGAACCCGGAACUGCAGGACUUUGAGCGCAAGCUCAAGUCGUUUGUCCUCAUCGACGAAGACAUCACUGCGGUCGCAUUGGUGCACAACAUCGGCGCGCUGAGCCUCAACACGCGCAACAUCAAGCUCCAACUCAAGCACGAAAACUCCCAGUGGAAGCUCAAGUACAGCGACAACCUGCACAACCAAGCGCGAAAGAAGAUGGAGUCGCUGACCGAGUACUUCCGAUCGACGAUGGGCAGGCUCAACCGGAAGGUCGUCGACUUGGACUCGCUCCGGUUCGUCAUGAAUUUGCUCAAGGAGGUCCGCGCUCGAGAAAGCGGGAUCAACAUGGAGAUAAAUCCGGUCCUCGACAUGUACGAAAUGCUCGAGUACUACCUCCCCGAAGGCUUUAUGGAGAAGGAAGAGAUGGACCAAAAGUCUGUCUUGCGCAGCAACUGGCGCAAGCUGAUCCACCACGCCGAGACGAGAACGGACGAACUGAGCAAGACCCAAGCUGGCUUCAAGCGAGGGCUCUUGCGCGAUAUCAAGGAAUUCAUCGUCGACGUCAAGCACUUCCGCGAGGAUUUCUUGGCGAAUGGCCCCAUGGUGAUGGGCAUCAGUGCCGCUGAAGCCGUCGAACGGUUGAAUCGGUACAAAGAAGAGUACAAGAUCCGCGAGCGCAAGCAGGACCUGUACACGUCCGGAGAAGAGCUGUUUGCACUGCCCAAGACAAGCUAUCCCGAAUUGGACAUGACGAAGAAGGAACUUCAACUCCAAGACAAGUUGUUUGGGCUGUACGUGGACGUGUUGAGUACGUUGGAGGAGUGGAAGAGCAUUCCGUGGGUCCAAGUCGCCAACAACAUCCAAGCGAUGACGGAAAAGGUCGACGGAUUCUCGAACCGGUGCAAGAAGAUGCCAGCCAAGCUUCGUGAAUGGGAAGCGUACACCGUCCUGAAGAAGAUGAUUGACGACUUUACCGACAUCUUGCCGCUGCUGCAGGAACUGAGCAAGGCGUCGAUCAAGCCGCGCCAUUGGGAAGCCGUCAUGGAAAAGACGAGCACGACGUUUGACGUGAAUGCGGCCGACUUCAAGCUCCAAGCCCUCAUGGACGCCAACAUUGUCGCGUACAAAGUCGAAAUUGAAGAGAUCACGGACGGCGCCGACAAGCAGUUGAAGAUCGAAAUCGCGCUGGGCGAAAUCGAAGAGCACUGGAGUACGAAAGACUUUGAGUUCAACGACUGGAAGAAUCGCGCCGUUCCCGUGCUUAAGGGAGUCGUUCCAGUCGUCGAAGAGCUCGAGGAGGCCCAAAUGAACUUGCAAACGAUGCUCAGCAUGCGCCACGUCCUCCCGUUCAAGGAAAAUGCCCAACAAAAGCUUGAAACCCUUAGCGAUACGUCCGAGACACUGGAGCGGUGGAUUAAGGUCCAGAUGCUGUGGUGCUCGCUCGAGUCGGUCUUCACGGGCGGGGAUAUCGCCAAGCAAAUGCCUGUCGAGGCGAAGAAGUUUCAAAAGAUCGACAAAGACUGGGCCAAGAUCAUGACCAAGUCGGUCGAAAUCAAAAACGUCGUGCAGUGUUGUGCGAGCGAACUGCUCAAGUCGUGCUUGCCGACCAUGUACGCCGAGUUGGAGAAGUGCCAAAAAUCCCUCGAAGGGUACCUCGAACAGAAGCGCAACAAGUUUCCCCGGUUCUACUUUGUGUCGAACCCUGGCCUGCUCAUGAUUCUCUCCCAAGGAAGCGAUCCGCUCAGCAUGAACGAGCACUACGAAAAGGUGUUUGACUCGAUCGAGAAGGUCAUUCACGACAAGAAGGACAAGACUCUCAUCCACACGAUGACUUCGGCCGGCGACGAAGUCCGGUUCUCGUCUGUGGUAAAGGCCCAGGGGAAUAUCGAGGACUGGCUCGCGUCCCUCUUGCUGUCGAUGCAGCUUACGAUGAAGGACAUUUGCCGCCGGUGUGCGUCGGACGUCGGCGCGAUGAGCGCUGACAUCAAACGCAUGCGCGAAUUUGUCGAUCGGUAUGUGGCCCAGUUCGCGCUGCUCGGGAUUCAAAUGAUGUGGACGGCGGACGUCCAGUCGGCGCUGGAGCAAUGCCGAACCAAGAAGAACUCGAUGAAAGACAUGAGCCAAAAGCAGCUUCAAGUGUUAACAGAGCUGUCCUCUUGGUGUCUCCAAGACCUCGGAUCCAAGCAAAAUCGCGUGAAAAUCGAAACCCUCGUGACCAUCCACGUUCAUCAACGCGACGUCAUGAGCGACUUGGCCCUCUUGCACAAGCAGAAAAAGAUUUCCGACGCCAACGACUUUGAAUGGCUCAAGCAAGCGCGCAUGUACUGGCGGCCCAACAACUCGGACGAGUUCACGUCCGACGGCGCGUGCGUUGUUAGCAUCACAGACGUCGACUUCAACUACCAGUUUGAGUACCUCGGGUCCAAGGAGCGCCUAGUCGUGACCCCGCUAACUGAUCGAUGCUACAUCACGCUGGCCCAAGCGCUAGGCAUGUACUUUGGUGGCGCUCCGGCCGGGCCUGCCGGGACCGGCAAAACAGAGACGGUCAAAGAUCUCGGGCGAACGCUCGGCAUUUACGUAGUCGUCACCAACUGCACAGAUCAGCAAAAGUACACCGAUUGUGCCAAGAUCUUCAAAGGACUGUGCCAAGGCGGUCUGUGGGGCUGCUUUGACGAGUUUAAUCGAAUCCAGUUGCCCGUGCUGAGUGUCGUGGCGCAGCAAGUGCUUGCGAUUCAAAACGCCAAGAAGACAGCAACCAAGUACUUUCAAUUCCCGGGUGAUCCGCAAAAUAUCCUGCUCAGCCCCGUGUGCGGGUUCUUCAUCACCAUGAACCCUGGGUACGCCGGACGACAGGAGCUGCCGGAGAACCUGAAGGCGCUUUUCCGCGGCGUUGCCAUGAUGGUGCCGGAUUUCGAAAUCAUCAUGAAGGUCAAGCUCUGUUCUGUGGGGUACCUCGAGUACCAGGAACUCGCCAAGAAGUUUUUCAUCUUGUACUCGACGUGCAAAGAACAACUCAGUGCCCAAAAACACUACGAUUGGGGUCUUCGCAACAUUCUAGCCGUGUUGCGGUCCGCUGGAAAAAUCAAACGCGACAACCGCAACGAUCUCGAAGCCAAGCUGCUUUUCCAAACGCUGCGAGACAUGAACUUGUCCAAGCUCGUGGCGCAGGACGUCCCGCUGUUCUUGUCGCUCUUGCAGGACUUGUUUCCGACGAUUCCUCCGCCACCAAAAGGAGUGUACCCGGAGCUGGAAGCGGUCAUUUUGGCGGAAAUCGAUAAGCAAGGGCUGGUCAACCACCCCGGGUGGCUCAAUAAGGUCAUCCAGCUCUACGAAACGCAGCUCGUGCGCCACGGUAUCAUGUUGGUCGGGCCCACGGGCGGUGGCAAGUCGCGGAUCUUCGAAGUAUUACAACAAGCGCUCACGAUCACGACAAACAUCAACCACAAGCAAUCGCGGCUCAAUCCCAAAGCGAUUCGCGCCGCCGAAAUGUACGGCGAAGUGGACCCGAUGUCCGGCGAGUGGACGACGGGCGUGUUUGCCGCCAUGUGGUCCAAGUACAACCAAAAGAGCAACAAGUUCAACAUGUGGAUGAUCUGCGAUGGCCCUGUCGAUGCCAUUUGGAUCGAAGAUCUCAACACCGUCCUAGACGACAACAAGAUCCUAACGCUCGCCAACGGCGACCGCAUGCCCAUGACAGACAACGUCAAGCUGAUGUUUGAGGUCGAAACCCUCGUCAACGCCUCGCCCGCGACCGUGUCCCGGGCCGGGAUUGUGUUUGUGUCCGAUACAGACUUGGACUGGGCGCCCGUCGUCGAGGCGUGGAUCCGAAAGCGCCCAGCAUCCCACCAAGACACGCUGCGCCAGUUGUUCCUCAAGUACAUGGGCGAGAACACUCCGCUCUUGUGCGGCAUUGCGUUCGAUUUCCUCAAUCGAAACACGUCUGGCGUCAUGUCCGUUUCCCGCGUCGGUCAAGCGUCGCGGUUGUACAACCUCAUGACAGGGCUCCUCCAGGGCGACCACGGCACGUACCUGUCGGAAGACCCAGCGAUUCUCCCCAAGCACUUGGAAAAACUCUUCUUGUACUGCAUGACGUGGAGUGUCGGCGGGCUCCUCGAGCCGGACGACCGCAUCAAGUUCGACGAGUGGCUGCGCAAAAUCGACGACAACGGCCUCAUGCCCAAGUGCGAUCCGGGAAACUACUGCUACGAAUACUACGUGGACGCAGCGACGUACGAGUGGAAGCUGUGGCGUCCACCCAAGUGGGAGUACCCCAAAGGCGACAAGCUCGACUUUUCCAACUUGCUCGUGCCAACCAUGGACUCGGUUCGGACGCUGUACUUGAUCGAGAACCUGCACAAGCAGAAGAAGCCCGUCCUCAUGGUGGGUGGUCUCGGGACAGCCAAGUCGUCGUGUGCGUUGAUGUACUUCAACGGGCUCAACCCCGACACGAUGAUGGUGAAGCGCGUCAACUUUAGUAGCGCCACGACCGCAUUCAUGUUCCAGACAGCGGUGGAGAGCGAGCUCGACAAGCGCGGCGGAAAGAGCUUCGGGCCGCCGAACGGGAAAAAAAUGACUGUGUUCUUGGAUGACCUGAGCAUGCCGCUCGUGAAUGCGUGGGGGGACCAGCCCACGCUCGAGAUCGUCCGGCUCAUCAUCGAGUGCAGUGGCUUUUGCUUCUUGAGCAAAGACCGCCGCGGCGAUUUCAAAGUGUGCGAAGAUUUGCAGUACGUUGGCGCGAUGGGCCAUCCUGGCGGCGGCCGCAACGACAUUCCAAACCGGUUGAAGCGGCAGUUCUUUUUGUUCAACUUGGUUUUGCCGUCGUUGACGUCGAUCGACGACAUUUACGGUCAAAUGUUGGCUGGCCGGUUCACGCCCGACAUUUACACAAAGGAGGCGAUUGCCAUGAGCGGCAAGCUAACCCGCGCCACGAUCGACCUGUGGAACUUCAUGAAGGCCAAGCUCCUUCCCACGCCCGCGAAAUUUCACUACAUUUUCAACAUGCGCGAACUGUCGCGAGUGUUUCAAGGCGUCCUGCUCACGCCGGCCGAAACGUUUGCCACGGGCGGUGGGUUCCGCGUGAGCCAAGGCAAGAUGGAAAAGAUCGACCAGGGUCAACUGGUCCUCAUGGUGUGGAAGCACGAGUGCGAGCGCGUCUUUAGCGACAAGCUGACCAACUACAAGGACAAAGACGUGUACCAAAACUACAUGAAGGACCUGCUCAAGGCCCACUUUGGCGACGACCUCGAGCAGAAAGUCCGCGUUCCGUUUUACAUGGUCAACUUCUUGCGCGACCCCGCCGAGAACGAAGAAGGUGUUGUGGAUGACGUCGUGCCCAAGGUGUACGAACCGGGCGGAACGCUCGAGGAAGUUCGCGUCCGCGUCAACGAAUUCCUGAGCAAGUACAACACGGACUACCCCCAGCGCAUGAUGCGGCUCGUGCUGUUUGACGACGCGCUCGGGCACUUGCUACGGUUGUCGCGUCUGCUUGAAAUGCCACGCGGGUCGGUCCUGCUCGUGGGGGUCGGUGGGUCCGGCAAGCAGUCGCUGACGCGACUCGCGGCCUACAUGGCGCAGUCGACGGCGUUCCAGAUUACGCUCACGAAAACGUACAACACCAACUCGUUCAUGGACGACUUGCGCGUGCUGUACAAGAAUGCCGGCCAUCUGAAAAAGUCGACCACGUUCUUGUUCACGGAUUCGGAAAUCAAGAACGAAAUCUUUUUGGAAUUGAUCAACUCGGUCCUGAUGACGGGCGAAGUCGCGGGGCUGUUUGCGAAAGACGAAAUGAUGGCGAUGACGGCCGACCUGCGCAACUCGUUUGUGAAAGAUCGCCCCGGCCUUCCAGACACCCAAGCGAAUUUGAAGCAGUACUUUAUCGACGGCGUGCGCGACAAUUUGCACGUUGUGCUGUGUAUGUCGCCACUGAACGCCAAGUUUGCCGAACGGGCACGCAAGUUCCCGGGGCUCAUUUCUGGCCCCACGAUCGAUUGGUUUUUGACGUGGCCGGAAGAUGCCUUGAUUGCAGUGUCCAAGGGAUUUGUCCUGGACUACCCGAUGGAGUGCGACAGCACGACUCGGCUGGCGCUGAUGACGCACAUGGGCAUGGUGCACCGCAUCGUGACCGACCUGUGCGACGAGUACUUUCAAAAGAUGCGCCGACGUGUGUACCAAACGCCCAAGUCGUACUUGAGUUUCAUCGAGUCGUACAAGAAGAUGUACAGCAUCAAGAUCGAAGAGAUCAAGGUCAAGGAGCAGCGGGUGAACCUUGGGCUCAAAAAGUUGAUUCAAGGCGCUGAGGACGUCCGCGCCAUGUCGAUCGUGCUUGCCGACGAACAGGUCAAGCUUCAAAAGGCCACGGAAGAGACAAACGCAAUGUUGCAGUCCCUGCAAGUGUCGUCGGCGGAGGCGUACAAAGAAGGCGAGCAAGUGUCCCAAAUCAAGUCCAAGUGCGAAGAAGAUGCGGUCCGCAUCGGCGCGGAAAAGGCGGCGUGCGAAACGGAUCUGGCCAAAGCCAAGCCAUUCGUCGAAGAAGCCGAGACCGCGAUCGACUCGAUCAAGCCUGCCCACAUUGGGGAGAUCAAAAAGCUCGCCAAACCUGCCGACAUCAUUCGCCUCGUGUUCGACGGCGUCUUGAUUUUGUUUCAGAGUCAGCUGGCGGUCGUCAAGCAAGCCAAGCUGAACGUGGCCAAGCAGGACAUUGACUUUAUCGAGACGUCGUUCUCGCCGUACGCCCAGGUCGUGAUGGGGGACUCCAACUUUCUCAAGAACGUCCAAACGUUCGGCGCGAUCGGAAAAGAUCAAAUCAACGAGGAAACCAUCGAGCUGUUGUGCCCGUACAUGGAGCUGGAAGGCUUCUUGCCCGCGGUGGCCAAGAACGCUUCGCUUGCCGCGGAAGGGCUUUGCACGUGGGUGCGCGCCAUGAAGUUUUACCACGAAGCAUCCAAGGUCGUCAAGCCAAAACUGGAAGCGCUCAUGAUUGCGGAAGGACAAAUGGAAGCUGCCAACAAAGCGUUGGCCCAGGCCGAGCUUCGCUUGUCCAAGUGCAAAGAGCGCCUGAACGAGCUCCAGCAAAUGUUUGAAGCGCAAAUGUCCGAGAAGAAGCGCAUCGAAGACGGCGCGAACGCUCUCGCGCGAAAGAUGCAACAGGCGUCCGACUUGAUCAACGGGCUUGCCGGCGAACGCGUGCGUUGGACGGACGACUCGAACAACUUUGCAGACCUGAAGCGCCGCAUGGUCGGCGACUGCGCCGUCGCAUGUGCAUUUGUGAGCUAUUGUGGGCCGUUCAAUCAAGACUUCCGGCACUACAUGGUCGCAAGCAAGUUCAUUCCCGACUGCGAACUGCGCAACGUGCCUGUCACGUCCGACUUGGAUGUGAUCAACUUUCUCGUGGACAUUGGAACGAUUGGGGACUGGAACAUCCAGGGACUGCCCACGGAUUCCCUCUCGAUUCAAAACGGAAUCAUGGUGACGAGGUCUUCGCGCUACCCGCUACUUGUGGACCCCCAAGGCCAAGCGCUGUCAUGGAUCAAAAAUCGCGAAGCCUUGCGCAUGCCCACGUACGGAUCGACCACACUGAAUCACCCCAAGCUCAAGGAUCAACUGGAGUACUGCAUGGGCGAAGGCCGGGCACUCGUGAUCACGGGCGUUGAAGAGGACAUCGACCCGAUGAUGGAUCCCGUGCUCGAGCGCCAGAUCAUCGUCAAGGGGCGGUCGCUGUCAAUUAAUGUGUCGGACAAGAACAUGGAAUUCAACCCGGCGUUCAGCAUGUACUUUAUCACGCGCCUGCCAAACCCGCACUUUGGCCCGGAAUUGCAAGCCAAAACGACCGUGAUCGACUUUACGGUGACGAUCAAGGGGUUGGAAGAGCAGCUGCUCGGCCGCGUGAUUGGGAAGGAGCAGAAGGCCCUGGAGGAGCAAUUGGCCCAGGUGCUGGAAGACGUCAACAUGAACACCAAGUCGUUGCUUGCCCUGGACGCGUCCUUGCUCGAACGAUUGACAUCCAAUACGGGCAACUUGCUCGAGGACGAAGAGCUCAUUGGAGUGCUGGCCAACACGAAAGAAAAGGCGGCAGAAGUCAAGGACAAGUUGAUUGCGGCAGCCGACACGCGAAAAAGCAUCAACGAAAAGCGCGAGCAGUUCCGUCCGGUCGCGACCCGUGGGUCCGUGCUCUACUUUACCAUUGUCGAGAUGUCGCUGGUCAACUGCAUGUACCAGACGUCGCUGACACAAUUCCUGGCGCUCUUUAUGAAGUCAAUGGAUGUGGCAGAGAAGGCGGCGCUCGCGUCCAAGCGCGUCGCCAACAUCAUUGAAACCAUGACGUACAUCAGCUAUCGAUACAUCAAUCGAGGGCUGUACGAGCGCGACAAGCUCACGUUCAUUUUACUGCUCACGAUGAAGAUCCUCGUGACCGACAACCUGCUGACACGUGAAGAAGUUACGCUGCUCAUUCGCGGCGGGGCCGCGCUCGACAUCAACACGGUGCGAAGGAAACCCUUCUCGUGGAUAUCCAACGAAGCCUGGCUCAACGUGAUUGAGCUGAGCCAGUCGUGCAAGUUCUUCACGUCGCUCCCACACGAUAUGAGCUCGAACGAAGCCAUGUGGCGCCGGUGGUACGAAGACAACGAGCCAGAGAAUGCCAUGAUCCCAGACUACGAGAACCGCAUUGCCGAGAACGAGCAGAUUGGCCCGUACUUGAAGCUCCUCCUCGUGCGCGCGUUGCGAAUGGAUCGGACGAUCCUGUGUACAAAAGAAUUUAUUCGCAACACGCAGCAGAUGGGCCUCAAGUACGUCGAGCCCGUGACGGACACGAUCGACUCGAUCUUCAACGAGAUGAAAGCAGACACGCCCGUCAUCUUUUUGCUCUCGAUCGGCGCCGACCCGACGGAAAGCAUCGAACAGCUCGCACGCAAGAAGAAGAACCCGUCGCCGGCCGUCGUUUCGAUGGGGGAAGGCCAAGAGCCCGUGGCCCUCAAGGCCAUCAACGCUGCCGUUGUGAACGGAACGUGGGUGCUGCUGCAAAACUGCGAACUCGGCCUCGAACUCAUGGAGCAAAUGGAAGAAGUGAUCUUCAAGUUGAGCGAAACCAUGGACCCAAACUUCCGCCUCUUCCUCACGGCCCUCCCAAGCGAGCAGUUUCCGUUGGGGCUGCUCCAAAUGUCGACCAAAGUGACCAACGAACCGCCGCAGGGGCUCCAUGCCGGCCUCCUGCGGUCGUUCACGGUUAUGGUGGACCAGGAAAAGCUCGAGCGCGUCGAAACCGUGCAGUGGCGGCAGCUGCUCUUCGACCUGUGUUUCUUGCACUCGGUUGUGAUCGAGCGCAAGAAGUUUGGCCCGUUGGGGUGGUGCAUUCCGUACGAGUACAACAACGGCGACUUGUCGGCGUGCACGAUCUUUUUGGAAAAGCACUUGUACAACGGCCCGAUUUCGUGGCCGACGCUCCAGUACAUGGUGUCGGAAGUGCAGUACGGCGGCAAAAUCACCGACAACUUGGACCGGCGCAUGUUCAAUUAUUACUGCGAGUGGUGCAUCCAGAGCGACGCGUGCAGCUCCACGUUUAGCUACAACCCCGGCGAGCCCAUUCUGCGCAUCCCCAACGAUUUCAACUACCGCAUCCCGGUCGCCGAGUCCAUCGACGACUAUCGUAACUUUUGCCACAGUUUGCCAGACGUGGACUCGCCCGAGAUCUUUGGGCUCCACCCGAACGCUGAUCUCACGUACCGCGUGAAAGAAGUCAACCUCUUGCUGGGUACGUUGGGCGAGACCCAGCCCAAGGGCGGUGGCGGGUCCUCGGGCGUCAGUCGCGAGGACGUUGUGUGUGAAAAAGCCAAGGAACUGUCUGACCGGCUGCCAGAAGACUAUAUCGAAGACGACUACAAGGCGAAGAUCCAACGCCUCGGCGGACUCACGAUCCCGCUCAACAUUUUCCUGUACCAAGAAAUCCAGCGCCUCCAACGCGUCAUUUCCAAGGUGCGCACGAUGCUGUCGCAGCUCCAAAUGGCGAUUCGAGGUGAAGUCGUAAUGACGGAAGAGCUCAGCUGGACUCUGAAUGCGAUUUUCGAUGCCAAAGUCCCGCCGUCGUGGCUGCGGACGUCGGUCGGCGACGAGUUUUCGUGGAUCUUGCCAACGUUGGGUCUCUGGUUCUCGUCGCUCCUGUCGCGGGACGAGCAAAGUCGCACGUGGCUCAACACGCGGCGGCCCAAUUGUUUCUGGCUCACGGGAUUUUUCAACCCGCAAGGCAUGCUCACCGCCAUGAAGCAAGAAGUCACACGGAAGCACAGCAAGACAGACAAGUGGGCGCUCGACGAUGUCGUGUACCACACCGAAGUCACAACAUUUGAGCGCGCCGAACAAGUGCGAACACCCCCCGCGGAAGGAGUGCUCAUCUACGGCCUCUUCUUGGACGGUGCGACGUGGAGCAAGGCCGACGGGACGCUGGUCGAGUCGGAGCCCAAGAAGCUGUUUACGUCGCUGCCCGUGCUGCACGUAAACAGCAUGUCCAAGGAACUCGAGCUCAAGUCGAGGAAGGAACUGUACGGGUCCAUUGGCCCGUUUGAAUGCCCUUGCUACAAGUACCCCAUGCGCACGGAUCGGUACAUCAUCUUUAUGGUGACGAUGAAGUGUCCGCAGAAUCGGCCGCCGCGGCACUGGGGCUUGCGCGGCGUUGCUUUGCUCUGCAACACAGAGUAGAAGUGCAAAUAUAGAGAGUAUGUACCACAUGGAGCACACGCGUGGGUAGAUACAUCGAGUAGGUUACUUGUCGUUAGGAUUGGAGACAGCUUGCGCUGCGACGACUGUGUUCUGCAAGUGCAUUUGGAUCGCAGCGAACGGGUUCGCCUGGAAUGACGGGUGCGAGUGAACUGCUUUGAGAUGACCGAGUUCGUGGAUCGCCAGUCGCUUCUUCUGCUUGCCCGUGAGUUUCGUUGGUGCUUUCGGAGCGGCGUCUGUCGCUGUCGUGGACGACAUCGUUUCCGAAAAUAGCGAUUGCUGGAGGUCGUCCAGGUCGCCAAACAUCCCGUCGGACUCUUUCUUCGCUUCCUUCUUCUUCUGGAGAAUCGAGCGUUCGACCAUGCCCAUCUUCUUGUUGAACGCAUCGCGUCGUUUCUGCCGUUUGCGCUGGCCUCGACUCAGCGCACUGAUGGCGGCAUCUUCCUUGUCCUCCACAGGUGCAUCUUCUUCGUCGCCAGCAGCAUCUUUUGCUUUCUUUACUACUGGCACGGCCGGCUGAUGCUGGCGAUACGACUUGGCUUUGCGGACUUUGCCCAUGGCGAGUGUGCUCUUGCCGGCGAC